AUGUACAGCGUUCAUUGGGGUGAACAUGUGGUCAAUGGCGACACUUUCCAGUUGCAGACAUUCAACAACAAGUACGCGCGCGAUCUGCCCAUGACUCAAGCUUCCAUUGCAAUACAACAUCUUGGACACGUUGGUUUAUGGUACCUGUGGCAGCAACAAGUUACGGAUCUCAAAGCAAGAAUGCUGUAUGGUUGGCUCAAUGGUAUGCGUGGUAUUGGAUCUACAAAGCGAAACCUGUUAAUUAACGAGACUUACAAUGAAACAGCAGCAGCAUCUACUGGAUCGGAUGAAUACCAGGUUAUUUGCAGCAACAAUGGUAUUGAGAAAUACCAUAAGCACGUCGAGGAUGUCAUUGUAUAG